CAGUUGGCAGUAUUGCCACACGUGCGCAGACGUACUAGUCAGCCAAAGCUAUUGAGAUGACGUAUUACUCUAGAAGUACAUAUCUAUACGGAAAAUUUUUGCAAUAUUUUACAAAUAUUCGUGAAAUGUCGAAACAAGGAUCAAAGAAAACUGGAAAAAAUCAAAAAGCUACAGUUAAUGAGGAAGCUAAAGGACCUAUAAGUGUAGAUAAAAAUGGAAAUGUUGCGAUAAAAAUACAAGCAAAACCUGGUGCGAAACAUAAUAAUAUAACAGAUAUUUCUGAAGAUGCAGUAGGCGUCGCAAUAUCCGCACCUCCAGUUGAAGGUGAAGCAAAUACGGAACUCGUGAAAUAUAUAGCGUCUGUAUUGGGAAUGAGAAAGUCCGAUGUAACGUUAGAUAGAGGAUCUAAAAGUAGACAAAAGAUUGUAGUAGUAUCUGGAAUAUCAAUGGAAAAAGUUUUGGAAAAAUUAAAAGGAGAGAUUGAAACUUGAAAGUAAUAAUAAUUUACUAUUAAUACAUUAUUUUUUUCUUUCGUUAUAAUUACAGCUAUUUUUUAUAUAUAAUGUUUUUUAUGAUAAGUCAUAUUUACUUUGUAUAAAUAUGGCAAUCACAUCAGCUUAUUAUGUUUAAUUUAUAAAAUAAAAAAAUGAUUUUAUACAAUUGUUAAGUAAUAAAAAUAAUUUGUUAACAAUAUUAACUUCAAAAAUUAAAUAUAUGCAUUAAUAAAGUUACUUACUAAUAUA